AUGUCGUCCAACCGCCAGCAUUCUAGCGCUACGCCUUCAGGUACAUAUUUACCGGCUGUAGAACCACCGUCGCCCACUGCAGAUGCAUAUUGGCCGAGUGCAGACACGUCUUCGCACAGCGCAGACUCAUCUCCGCAUCCUGCAGCCCCAAUUUAUCCGUAUCUUCCCCCUGAAGAUUCAGAUCGCACCAAGCGGGCCCUCAAGAAGAACGCCAUGCGGCUGUUUGCGCGUGACUUCGGGUUCCGUCCUGCCGAGGUCUCUCGCUGGCUGUUCCCCGAUUGCAAGAUGACUUACCGAAAUGAUCUCGAUCAGUGGCAUGCGAAAUGGGAGAAGGAGUUGUUCGACUCUGCGGAGCUGAUCCGAGAUGAACAAAAUCGACCGCAUGCAUUCCUCACCGCCUUCACCGACGAGGUUUUCCAGAUCAUCGUCGACCCGUUGCGCACGUCCAUAAAGAUCAUGGAAUUGGUCAUGAUCGAAGCAUGGAGGAGUAUGUACUGCGAGGCGUUCGUUACCGCCGCCGAAGUCAUGUAUGUGACGCCUCCACCCAAAACCGGAAAGCGUGGGACUCAACCAAGGAUCAAGUACGCAGCAGUCUACGAUGCCGUCCGCGAGGUACCUGAGACGUUUCCCGAUCGUCCGCAGCUCGAACAUAUUCCAGCGCAUCCGCUUCGAGCAUCAGCCGCGGAGAUGUUAAGCUUCGAACGGCGGAAGUGGCAGGAUACAUAUGGGGCGAAGGAAUACCACCGCAUGGCAGAUGGCAUAGGCGUGAAAAACACCCCUUAG